UGCGGCCGACCCGGGGGUCGGGAGGCGUUCCCCCGCGCCGCCCCCCUGCGCCCCAGCGCGCCACCCUGCUGCUCGGCCUUCCGCCCCGCGCCCGCUGUCCGCUCGACGGUCGCCGCCUUCCCUCGUCGCGGAGGGCCCGCAAUGUCGGGGACCUGGGCUUGCCGGUGGAGGCGGGCGCGGAAGGCGAGGACGACGGCUUCGGGGAAGCAGCCACCAUCCUCCUGCCUUAAAUGAGGAAUGGCCCCAACCAAGAGCAGCUGCCAAAACGGCCAGGAGAGAGAAAGGCAAAAAAAAGUUUUAAUUUAUCUCUCACAGCUCUGGAGCCUGGCUGGGAAGUCCAAGGUCAAGUUGCAGACAGAUUCAGUGUCUGCUGCUAUCUGGCACACCAGCUUCUUAAGCCCUAAAGUCAUGACCCAAGUUCUCCUGUGGCUGGGCCUUGCCUUGCUGGGGUCCUUGCAGGUCCAGACCCAGGACUCCACCCCAAGUCUGAUCCCAGCCCCGCCUCUGCUCAAGGUGCCACUGCAGCCUGACUUCCAGCAUGACCAGUUCCAGGGGAAAUGGUACAUCAUCGGCAUAGCAGGGAAUACAUUAAAGAAAGAAGGACAUGGCCAGCUUAAGAUGUAUACCACCACCUAUGAGCUGAAAGAUGACCAGAGCUACAAUGUCACCUCCACCGUACUCAGGAAUGAGCGCUGUGACUACUGGAACAGAGAUUUUGUCCCAAGUUUCCAGCCUGGCCAGUUCAGCCUGGGCAACAUUCAGCUUUACCCUGGAGUACAGAGCUACCUGGUGCAAGUGGUGGCCACCAACUACAACCAGUAUGCCUUGGUGUACUUCAGGAAAGUCUACAAAAGCCAGGAGUACUUCAAGACCACCCUCUAUGGGAGGACGAAGGAGCUGCCCCCAGAACUGAAGAAGAAAUUCAUCAGUUUUGCCAAAUCCAUAGGCCUCAUGGAAGACCACAUCAUCUUCCCUGUCCCCAUUGAUCAGUGCAUUGAUGGGUGAAUGAGAACGCGGUGCUCCCUGUCUCUCUCCACCCGGUCGCCCUCACACCAACCUCUGACCAGGACAUCACCCAGCUGUCCCCACCAACCCGGACACCGAGAGAGCCAUGAGACCCUUCUUACCGCAUAGCCCACCAGCUGCUCUCCAGGCUGUCCUUCUGAUGGAACUCUUCCUCCUUGCUUGCUAAAUAAACACAUGCCACCUGG